AUGUCGAACAAGACCCAUAGGGAUUAUGAGGCGGAAGUGCGGUCCUGGGGCUUUUCUCACGUCUUCACUUGGACUGACGGCCCUAAUGCCUACUACAGGCCGCACUCUCAUACCGGCCUGACAACGCAUCUGAUCCUGGAUGGCCAGCUCACCAUCACCUACCCCAAGGACGCUGAUCCGGAGAAGAAGACAUACACGGUCGGCGACCGCAUUGAUGUCGACGCCGGCCGAGUUCACGAGGUUUGGAUAGGCAAUGAUGGAUGUACAUACGUCAUUGGCGAAUAA